AUGGAGCCGCCGUCGCCAUCGAGUGAUCCACCACCUGUCUUAGCGAGUAGCACUGCGCCACGUGUCUUCAACGUGAAUGUUGGCAUUCUGGGGCACGUCGACAGCGGCAAGACGAGCCUCGCCAGGGCGCUGAGCACGCUGCUGAGCACAGCCGCAUUGGACAAGCACCCGCAGAGCGCGGAGAGAGGGAUCACCCUCGACCUUGGGUUCUCCGCCUUCCAGGUGGACGUACCCCCAUCCUUAGUGGAUCGACUCCCAUACGACAAGGUCCAAUUCACUCUCGUCGACUGCCCCGGCCAUGCCUCUCUCAUCCGUACCAUCAUUGGAGGAGCACAGAUCAUUGAUAUGAUGCUGCUUGUGGUUGACGUUACCAAGGGCAUUCAGACGCAGACAGCAGAGUGUUUGGUAGUGGGCGAGGUGUCUCCCACCAAGGAGAUGGUUGUCGUGCUCAACAAAACUGACCUUUUACCUGCUGCCACGAAGCAAGCACAGAUCGAUAAGAUGAGGAAGAGGCUGCGAGCCACGUUGAAAGGCACCAAGUUUGCCGAUGCUGCUAUGGUUGCAACAGCAGUAGCCGCCGUGCCAUCAGCAGCAGCAGCAGAGGGCAUAGCUGACGUCAUUAAUGAGCUAAUGGCACGGGUUCCUUCCAUAUCUCGGUCAACAGAGGGGCCUUUCCUAUUUGCCAUCGACCACUGCUUUCCGAUCAAAGGCCAGGGCACAGUGAUGACAGGGACAGUGCUGAGAGGCCACGUGGCAGUGAAUGAUUCGUUGGAGCUCCCUCUGCUGAAGCUGCAGAAAAAGGUCAAGAGCAUGCAGAUGUUUCACAAACCAGUCACUCGUGCAUCCCAGGUGUGUGUGCUUCUCUACGCUGCUCCUGGUUCAGUCCCGAUGCUCUCUGCUGCGAUCGCAGCCGUCCAUCCCAUCCGAUUCUUCAAAGGGCCCCUCACGUCAAACUCUAAGUUUCAUGUAACGGUGGGUCACUCCACAGUCAUGACAACUCUCACCUUCUUCGCUCAUCCCUUCCCCCAUUCUUCCACAGCCCUUACAUUAGGUGCAUCAUCAGCUGCUUUUCCUCUCCCUCCCUUCCCCUCCCCCCAUCACAGUAACGGACAGCAGCAGCACCAGGACGUUGACUCGUUAUGUGGCUUCAUAUUCCUCUCGUCGCUUCAUCCCCUCCUUAUUCUCCCUACCAACCCCCUUCCUGUAACCUACACCAACACGUGUCGCAUGGCCUUCCAUGGGCGUAUCCUCGCCCCCAUUGAUCCCACCACCAUGCACUCAGGCUCGCAGCCUCUGCGGAUAUACAAGGUGAAGAGCAGGGAAGGAGUGAUCGACCGAGUGGUUGAUUCGCAUUCUCUCAUCGGCCGAGGACUCUUCAAGAAGGAAACGGACAUUUCCAAAUUCGUGGGGCUGCGAGUUUCCACAGUGGAAGGAGCACAAGGAACAAUCCAGUCCCCGUUUGGCAAGUCAGGCAAAUUCAAGGCAAGCUCGCACGAAUCUGUGGUGUUCCAGUCCACAUUACCCAAGGAGGCCACAGGUGGUGUUCCAGUCCACAUUACCCAAGGAGGCCACAGGUGGUCUGCAUCAGCAACUUCUCCUCUCCCAUUUAACUCAUGCCUCACUCAUCCGUCCCCGCUUGUGUUGCCGCCUGCGUGUCUAUCCUCUUCUCUUGCACAGGUGGUGUUCCAGUCCACAUUACACAAGGAGGCUGUAGCUGGUGCGCCUCUGCAUCUCGUUUUCAAGCGGUUGCUGUUCGAUAAGACAAAGCAAAUGCUACAGUAG